AUGGCUGGUCAGCUGAGAUCACAGGGUGCCUCUGUCCCGGAAAGAGCUCUGUCUCUAACACAUUGGAAUCCAGUGCUGCUUCAGCAGCGGGUAUCUGAUUUGGAGAUGGCAAAUGCUGAUAUGGCCCGACGGUGCUCUGAUCUUGAAGAGAAAUAUUCUCAAGGUUAUAUGGACUUGGCCCGGGUUUCUGCUUCCCUGAAUGAUGCCAACAUGUUGAAUUCCUCUCUCAAUGCGCAGCUUGACUCUGAAAAGGAGGAAAAAUGUGCCCUUGCAACUUCCCGUGACAACCUUGACAAGUUGUAUCGCGAUGCCAGCAAUUCUUUGACUAUCUUGGAGAGGAGCCAUCGGUUCACCAUGGAGGACUUGGAUAAUCACCGUUACAAGCUGCAAGAGUCCCUGGAUGAUAUGAUUCGUCUUAGGCAAUUGGUGUCGAGCAAAGAUUCUAUCAUCAAGGAUCUGUGCGUUUCCAAAAGAUUAGUCGUCCAGGAGCUAGAAGCUGCUUGGCUGGCUGUCAAGGCUGCUGAAGACACUUCCGCUACUUUGAAGGCCCAGCGCGGCAAGGCUAUGGACAAAGCCAUUCGCGCGGGGCGGAUCUUGAUGAGGAGACCCGGUGUGAUUGUUCCUGACGACAUAGUUGCAGAUGUGAAUGCUGCUCCUGAUUCUUCGAGUCGCCCUUCUUCAUCGGUCGCUCCUGAGAAAAACAUUACCAAGUAA